CGCAACUUUCAGCGGACUUGGUUGUCGCACAUGUCUUGGGCUGGCGCGGGAUUUGUUGUUUUGAUUGCGCUCAGAAAUGAUUUCCACCGAGGACAUCCUCUCUCUCAGUUCGUGCAAAUCACUAAACGAUGUGAAGGAGCUAGACCUGAGCCAUAGAGACCUCAAGGUAUUGGACCCAUGCUGCUUUAAAGGACUGAAAAACUUGGAGGUCCUCGAUGUCUCGAGGAAUUCGCUGAGGGACGUCCCCAGUCUUGGCCUUCCGAAACUUCGGUGCCUGAAUGUGGAGGAGAACUUGAUCAAUGACUUGACCUUCCUGAAAGACUACGGCGAAUUGACGGAGCUGAUGGUUGCUGGCAAUCCCAUUCUUUCAGCUGACAAGAACAUCGCUGUGUCCCUGCUUCCCAAGUUGACUCUGUUGGACGGAGCUGACUGCCAGCCUUUUAGGAAACUUGAAGCACUCGGCGACAAGAAGCUGUUGCCUCAGAUUUCUCGAGUCUGGGAAUCCACGUUCAAGGACAAUCUUCUUCCUGGAGCCAGUGAUGAAGAGGUCAGCAGCGUGAAGAAGGAUUUUUUGAGGCACUUGAGGAGAACGCAUUUCGAAUGCAAUGAAUUUUCCGUCAAGUUCAAGAAAUUUAAGGUGGAAGCUCUUGGUGGAGAGUUGUUUGAAGAGGAAGUUCAAAGGAUUCGCGCAAGAACCUCCUCGAACACCCCAAAAAAGAAGAACAAUGUCAAGCCCUCAGAAGAAUGCAGCUCUCCUUCCAAGCGCGUCACAUCUCCAAGGAGAGAGCGCCUCAGUGAUUACGAGCUUCUCAGCAGCAGACCUGUCAUACGCGGGUCUGGCGUGAAAGUAAACUCUCCACGACACGAGGCACGGAGUCUAAAAAUAUCAGCUGAUGUCAAUGCAUUGAAUGGCUCCCCCCGCAAAAUGUCAACUGAAUUCAAUGCAUCGAAUGGCUCCCCCCGCAAGCGAGUUGCAUCGCCUAAAAAAAUUAUCAAUCUAAAAGAUGGGAAGCAAGGCGUACCCAGCUUUCAUAAACAGGACAAAACAGCAAGCCUGCUUGACGGUGGUACUCAUGAAUUGAAGGGCUCGGCAAACAAUGUCUCAUCAAGCGAUGCGCAACGGUCAUGUACACCGAGGAAAAAGCUGAAAUAUGAGUUGCUCCUUCAAGAGAAAGAAAAGGGAAGUGUAAAAGGGGCUGAAGCGUGCAUAUUUCUUCGUGCCCAUUCUCAAGAUCCCGCUGAUUCUGUAACUCAAGUAUGGCAGGCUGCCUUUCAACCAAAAUGUGAAGAAAAUGAUCUGUCGCCCAACAUUUUUGCAACAUGCGGUGGUAGAAUUGUCAACUUCAUUGACGCCAGCACAGGAACUGUUCUGAAACGCUACAGGAGUGCCAACAUGAAGGAGGAAUUCUUUUGCCUGGCAUGGACGGUGCUACCCAUUGGCGGGCACCCGAGCGCAGUGCUUGCUGUGGCAGGCAAAGCACGCGAGGUGAGCCUCGUCCACCCUGUGCAGCUCGUCUGCUACAAGUCGUUCCAGGCGCAUACCAAGUACAUCAACUGCCUGCACUUCUGCCCAAGCCAGCCCACUUGGCUGCUCAGUGGUGGCAAUGACGACAACAUUCACCUUUGGGACAUUGGCGUUCCCAAAGCACCUGGUUAUCAAACAAAAAUUGUGAACCUGCUCACCCUGAAACCAAAGUGCGAGAUCUUGCAGCUAUGUGUCAGCACUCGGAAUGAAAUGCUUCUGGCUGCAUGCCAUGGUGGGCUGUUUGGCUGGAAGUUUGACCAAAAGUCUCUCGUGAAAGUAGACAGGUCACCAAACGUUGAGUUCCGCUUGCCAGGCAAAGAUGGAUCUUCCAUAGAAAAGGAACCUGUUGUCGACGGCUUGGUGCUGGUUGAUGAUGACACGAUUGUCAGCAAGUGUUCCAACAGCGGCAUGAUUGGCAUGUGGGAGUUGUCCACUCACGUGGCCCCUAUUAGAAAGUUCUCCCAGAAAUUGCAAAAAGUGAAAGUGGAGUACAGGAGCACAUUUCUUUGGAGUGACACCAAGGUCGACUACUUUUACCCUUCAGCCACCGCAGAUGUUAUGGCUUGCGGCGAUGACGCUGGGACUGUCUGGCUGUACAGCAUUGGAAAAAAGAGGGCAACUCUGGCGAAGCCCAUAGCCAUGCUGACGUGGCCCGAUAAACUUUCAUGCAGUGACCAAGUGUCCGUGACGAAAAAGGAUGGAAAGGUGAACGCAAAUUCAGUUAGACUGAGUCCUGAUGGAGACUACAUGGUAGUGUGCAUAGAUGUUAACAUCGUGUGCAUAUGGAGGAUCACGCGGUAGAACACCAGAUUUUAGCAGGAAGACAUCACUAUCAUCAGAUCAUGAAAUCGAGCUUUUUUAUCCAGCACGGCAGGCAUGUUUCUGUCAAAUCAUUGUCAUUAAAUGGAAUGACCCACACA